UGUGAAGAACGUAUAUUGCCAUUGCUUUGUUUUUGUUUGUUCUUUUUUAAUUGUAUUGUCAAAACUGUUUUAUCAGACAAGAUAUGUAUUGUUAGAAAAUUGGCUUCUAAUUAGAUAUUAUAAUGUAUAACGUUCCUUAGAUGCAGAGCUCAUGCUAUAAACAUUGCAAGCAAUUUAUGGUACCCCAAUGACGCCAUUUUGCGCUGCAAUUUUGAGCUAUUAUUAUGAUAUAAGUCUCCUUCUUACACUUGAAUUUCUCGUAAGGGUAAAUGAAUAAGCUGCAAAUUCACUUGGCUUUCUCCUGCUCGUACUUAUUUUACGUAGGAUCGUAGAUUUUAUGCGAAAGAUUUGUAAACAUGGAGGCCGUGCUAUGUAAGGCAAUGAAAAAGUGUUUCUAAUGUAAUCUGUUAAUAUUUUGUGAAAAAGGGAUAUCUUGAAGCGAACGGUUGUUUAACUUAAAAACUAUUAAGUAAUGGUUGAAAUGACGAAGUUUACAACUAUACUAUUGGAAACAUCUUGACCAAUCAACAAAAAAUGGGCACAGAAGUGCCAAAAACUCAUGACUCAAGUGGUGGUACUGAUUCAAACAGUGAUUCGGAGAACAGCAGCUCUAGUGACUCGUCUGGAAGUGAUUGGGAAUGUACCGGUACAAAACAAGGCUCUACGCGUAAACCACAUUUUUCAGUCACAUCCUGUGACACUGGAUUAAAACUCAAAAUAGCCGCCAUUCCACCUCGGAAAGUUUCACCCAAAAAGACUUUACGACCUUUGGGGAAGAAGAAGUCCGAGGAAGAGUCAAAAACCAACAAUGCGAAGGAAAAAGAUAAUGUCAAAAAGAAAAAAUCUCAAUUAUCCGAUACAAGUUCGAGUUCAGAAGUAUGUAGCAAAUGCUCUAGUGAUUCGUCCAGUGAGGAUGAUUUGCCGCUUAAAGCGGUCAAAAAAACAUUACCAGUAAAGUGCUCACCUCAAAAGAGUGUAAAAAGUGGUAGGAACUCUGGUGUUAAGAGUGACAGUGAUGGACAUAAAAAUUCAAGUGAUGAUAAAGAUGUUGCAUCCAAAAAAGAUGCCAAGGACAAAUCAAGUGCAUUCAAGACCAGUAGUAAUGUGAAAAAGACUAAAAGUGAAGAUUCCACUCAAGAUAAUACAGCAAAACGAGGGCAGAGACAAAGGACUAAGUUCUCGUCACCGACGGGUGAGAGCGCUGCUUGCAGCAGCACGUCGUCGUCGACCUCUUCGUCGUCGUCCUCGUCUUCAUCGUCAUCGUCGUCGUCGGACUCAGACAGCGCGGAGGCAGCCGGCUCCGCGCACGCCUCGGCUGACGACUCGAGCGCUGCGCUCGCUGCUGCCUGUCAACUACAGGUAAUCGACGAUGCGGAUCUCGCGGAACUAUUUCCGGAGCAAACGUCGAGCGCGCCGGCGCAGCAGCCCACUUUCAGCAGCUUCCCCGCGCACGCCGUCUCCCCGCACAGUGAGGACAAAUGUAUCGCAGACAAUGCGGACGGGUCCAGUAGUGAAAUGGAGCUUCCGCCGCAGCUGGUCACUGCGGCCAUCCAGCGAGCGACAGCGGAUUCUUCGGGAUCCGAAAACGAGUGUUCCAACUCCGGUGUAGUGAGUCACAAUACAACACACUACGCGUCCAGUUUACUACAACAAUUCGUCGCGCAAACUCAACUUCUAAGCAGCACUGCAUCAUUGAAUUCUAUUAACACGACCCCUACAUCGUCGCUAACCUGUGGUCUUAACUCGAGCCCUCUGGAAAGCGUUAAUACUAUCGGUGACUGCGUUUUGGGGCAGAUAAAUAGUUUGCCCGAAAUGACACCAAUAGGUUCAAAUUAUUUAAACAGCAAUUCUCAACAUCUCAGUCCCCAACAGACGGAAGAGCUAACUCAAAUAAAUAAAGAUCUUGAGGAAAUAAGUUCAGUUACAGAAUCUGUAAGUUUGUCUAUACCUAAUCCUCCCAGUCUCGAAGACUGUGUCGAUAACAAUGAUUUUAUGAAUAUAGAUAUAACACCGGGAGGAUCGGAAUUAGGAAAUGCAAGUGAUUUAUUAAAAACAUCACCGAUGACAAUUCUAAGCACUGAUUUGAACCAAUUAGACCCUCAAAAAUUAGAUACUAUCAGUACAAACUCUGUAGAAUCUCAGGAAGAUGUUAAAAAUAUAAUUGUUGAGUCUAGACGAAAAAGGGGACGGCCCCGCAAAGUAAGAAAAGUAAAUGAAUAUGAAAUUAAAAUUGUUGAAUCUCACAAAGAAGAUAAGCCUUCUGUAAAUGUUAUAAAUGAUUUCCAUAAUAAUAACGAUCCGCCGAACGUCUCUCCGGAUUCGGGAAUAUUAUCAAAUCAUAACUCGCCAACCCAUUCGCCAUUACGUCGUCAUGACCUAGAUGAAAACCAUGGUCGCUUAAGCAGAAAGUCCAUUCAAAAAGAAAACAACAAGGUUGAGAGAAGAAAUAUGAGGUCGAAAUCAAAAACUAGAAGUAGAGCACACAAUUUGUCCGAUUCGAGUGACUGUGAUUUUCACAAAAAGAGAGUCGAAAACGAGGUAAAACAAAUAAAAACAGAAGCCCCAUCACCAAUACCUUUGAAACAAGAAACUAACAAAUUCGACAAAAAUAAGAAACCCGACCACAAAUUAGAUAUAGCUGCUUUAGAUAGAAUGUUGUACGCUACUGAUAGGGUACUUUACCCACCUAGAAAGAAAACUGGUCGUAAACCGCAAAGCAAAGCCAAAACAACUAAGAACUCUCCAAAAACUUUGAAAGAUAAGAAUCAGUAUGACUCCGCAGACAGUGAUGAAGACUCAUUACCAUCUAGCAGGUCUGUGUUAUCUGGAGUGUAUGCGAAGAGAAAAGAAGUUAAUAGUAAAUUAUGCACUGUAACUAAGAAGAGUAGUAAACCUGCUACAAACACAUGGCGGGACCACCAGAGUGAAAACGAAGCGGCCGGUGAUGAUCCAUUAGACCCAACAUGGAAACAAAUAGAUCUGAAUCCUAAAUAUAAAGAUAUCCUUUCUGGUUACAAAAGCGACCACGAAUUCAAACCAUAUAAAAGCUGCAGUAGACUCAUAGAGUCCGGCUAUAAGAGCGACUAUGGCUGUAGAUCCGGAUACAAAAGUGAUUGCUAUCGGUCAGGUUAUAAAAGUGAUCAUAGAUCUGGUUACAAAAGCGACAAAUCAGGUUAUAAAACCGAUUACAGCGUUAGGAGUAUGCGAAGAAGAAUGAGGAAAUUGAAGAAGACAAGAUCGGUUCGAGAUAGAUCGUACUACAAAAAUCAAAAACACUUUGUUUCCGAUCAAGAAAUUUUGUUACUGACAAACAAAACUUUUAGUAGUCUCACGCUUGGUCACAGUUCAAGUGAUUCUGAGUGUGACAGUUACAUACGCAAACCAAACGCAAGUCCAAAAUAUGUAAGCGUUUGUACUAAAUAUCCCUUGCUUUCAAAAUAUUCAUUUGGAUUUACGAAAAGUCAAAAGCAUAUUUUACGACAUAAUUCCUCUGAUCCAUUCGCGCCGGGCCCUGUAUUUAGCGGCCUGCAAAGACCUGUCACUACUUGCAACAUUUUCAAAGUCAGCCAUAACAAUAACAACACUUUACUAAAAUCUCCUAAUAAAGCUUCAUGUGUUGGUAAUUCAUUGCCAACCCUUAAGCCCAUGUUUACACAUAAGUUUGGUACAUCACCACUGACUACUUUAAAUAAAACUGCUUCUAAAAAGGAUUUUGAUGCUAUGAAACAUAUUUCAAGAACGCUGUCUCCAAAAAGUCGUAAACAUAAUAAAUCGAGCAGCUCACUAUAUUCAUUACACACAAAAAAAGAAAAUACACUUAAACCACUUCCAAGUAUAUUUGAAAAAGCAAAAAACAGCUAUGUGCCCAAUAAAUCGUUAUCUAGAAAUGUAUUUUUGAACUUGAAGAAACCUCAUCUAAAGCCUGCUUUUCAAAUAAAAAAACACAGAAGAACAGUUGUACUUGCACCUCCAAAAAUUAAUUUAAAACCCACUGAAAGACCAUCUCGACUUGCAAUAAAAACUGAGAACAAGCAUCAUCGUCACAGAAGUAAGAGGCGACAUCGCUCAAGAUCAGUGUCGAGGUGUCGGGAUUCUUACGCCAAUAAAAAUGUUGAUUCGGUCGAUCAAAAGUUUAGUCAAGAUAUGGAUAUUCUUAUAUCCAAUUUUAUAAAAUUAUGCCAAAUUGCUCCAAAAUUAAUAACCAAUAUUACACAAAGUCAGCCCAAAUGUACAGAGAAACCAUUGCCUGAACCUCUGCCACCAAAAGUUUUAAAAAGAGCGUCAAAGAAGCGUAAGACAUCAGAUAAUCAAGAAAUAAUUAUUCCAACUUCAAAAAGGAGACACAAAAAGCAAUUAACAGAAUCUCAAAAUAAAGGAGGAAAAGAUACAAAUGAACAUAAGCUCCCUCUGAAAAAACGACACUACCAUAUUAAUUCAUCAACAAACAACACACUUAGCCUAAGCUUAGUUUCAUCAGAAUUUGAUGAUAAUUCAAAAAAUGGAAUAAAUACAGAGCAAUUCUUAUGUACCGAAACAGACUGUUUGGGUGAAAUGCAAAAUAAUGUAACCGCCGAAUCGCCAAAAACAAAACCAAAUAACGAAAAAGGGAAAAAAGGCACUGACAGUUCAAAGGUUAUGCAAACAAAUAUGCAAGAUAAUAAGAAUCAACAUAAGACGGAUGAUGUAAUAAUGAAAUCUACGAAAAUCAGCCUCAGUACAAUUACAGAAAAUAUUGAAAUGGAGAGAGAAGAUUCAAAUUUAUGUGUAUCAAAAACAAACAAUAUUAGUGGUGACGACCAGGUGGGAAAGAAAACUGAUAAAGAGGGACACAAAUUGACUAACGACGUAGAAAAAUUAUCUCCAAAAUCUAAAGAGUCUGAUGGCAAACCAAUUCCCUCAAGACACGAAACUGCCAACAAAAUAUCCCCAAGAUCUGAAGUCAAGUCUUCACCCGUACGAAAUUCUGCACCAAUUGUGACCCCGAAGAAACGUCACAGGUUAGAGGCUGAUAAAGCUGCUACGCACUCUAGCUUGGAUCAAGUAGUUCAGUCUUUAUCAAAAAAACUGUCUGAAGAUAAAUCAGCUAACGAUAGUAGCUGCAAAGAUGUCAAUCAGAAUAAUGCAAGAGAGGACAUUAAAGUUACAGAGAAUUCUACGUUAUCUUCAGCGAAUAAUGUCGAAACGACGCCAAACACAUCUAUUGAUCCAUUAAAAAGCAUGUCAGCGCGAUCUUUAUAUAAAAGUUCGAUACCACCUUCACAGAAAUCCGAAAUUAUGACCAGGAAAAAGAAUAGAUUAGAAGGCUUAACAAGCAAUUUAGUUUCUAAAAUUAAUCCCAGCGCAGCAACUAAAGUUUUAGAUACUUUGUUGAAUAAUAAUAUAAGAAAAUCUAUUGAAUCUCGUAUUCUUGAAAAAGAGAAAAAUAUUACAGAUACUAAUUAUAAGCAAACAGAUGACAAACCAAAAACAAAGGAAUCUCCGCUUGUAAAUAGAGCUACAGUUAUCAAGUCACCUGUAUCGAAAGGUAAAACUGUGGAUAGUAAAAAGUCUAAAACGUCCGAAAUUACAUCGGGAACAACAGUUGUUGUAAAUGUUGAUCACCCUACAGGAAUAUUUGAACCAUCAGUUGACUUGGAAGAUCAAAUUCCUAAGUCAUCAAUUUGUGUUAGCAGUCUUGUAACAGACGCUAAUAAAAGUAAAUGUAAAGCAAAGGCCACUAAUGUAAACUCUUCAGAUGGGCUAAUGGGUACCAUAGACAAUGAAUCGGAUAUACCGCUGGCACUAAUAUCAGAGACACCAGACCCUAUUAUACGUCCAAAAAGAGGCGAGUCUAUAGCGGCUGUGAUAUCUGAUAAAAUUCAAGAGACCGCAGGCGGUCACAAUUUACGUCAGCCCAAAAGAAAUUUGAACGUAGAUAGCGAUGAUACAAAUGACAAAAAGAAAAAGAAAACUUCUAAUAUAAUAAAAGAGAGUAAAUUAGUUUUACCAGCAAAAGUGUUGAUUCCGAAAAUUCAAGCAGAAAAAUUAUCAGUUAGUGAUAUUAUUAAGAAAAUGUGUUCGACAACUCCAAAAAAACCGGAAACUAAUAGUGCCAGUGACACUAAGAUGGCCGACGCCUCCAAAAAGAAAGCAAGAAGAAGAAAAGCGAUUAAUCGAACAGGUUUUCCAAGUAUCAAAAAGAAGAAGAAAAAAAUUGAACCUAAUGGGGCCCUAACUCUUCAAUCGGACAGCCAUUUCACGUCAGACACCGACAAUUCCGCGUUUGAGAGGGUCCCAAAAGACGGCGAAGCCAUGAGCAGCUUCUUACAGCGAACAACAAAUAAGAAACCAGAACUCAAAGUGGUUUUGAACAAAGAUGAUUGUCCAAAGCAAGGUCGUUUGACUGUUGUCGCCUUAGAAAAAUUGCAAGGUAAAGAAAUUGUUUCCGAAACUGCAAAUAAACCCGUACAGAUAGCUGAAAAGCAGAUAAACGAGAAGAGAUCCAUUAAUUCAAUUCUGAGAGCACCAUCACUACAACUGAAACAAACAAAGAACGAUAAGGAAAUAAAGAAUCAUGUAAAUAAAUGGGAAGUUUUAAGCGAGACUGAUAGCAUACCGUCUUUAACUAGCUCCCUUAAUCAUAAUGAUCCCGAAGAUAGCAUACCUUUAAGUUUACUAAAUUUGAAAAACCACAAAACGGUCAGUCGAUUAGACAACUUAGAAAGAUUGAAAAGAAAAACACGAGCUAUGUCACCUUCAAAGGAAAUAGAAGAAAUAUUUUCAAAGAGGAAAAUUGUUGAAAAAGUUACUAAAACUGGUCUUAGACCAAAAUCGAGUUUAGCCAUCCUGUAUCCUAGCGAACGACGGUUGACUAGAAGUUCAGAUAACUCAUUCGAAGAUGGAAGAAGCAAGUCCAAAAGAGAUGCAAAAAAGACUGUUACAGAAAUUAAUUUCGAGAAGUCCGGUUGUAAGCCCGCAAAUGUGACCACUAGAAGGAAGUCGAGGAUGAGUCAAGUCACGAAAAAACCAUCCGAAGUUCAUUCUAGUUCCCGGGAAAGUUCAUUAGAUACUGUCGUCAGUCGCAAAACAAUAUCGAAGUCUCGCGAGCCCUCCAUUGACACACUACAAGAUCAUGACGAAAACGAACCCUUGCCAUUAAAUGAAAAAGAAAUAGAUUUCGAAAAAAGUAUAGAUGUGUUAUCGAAGAACAUAAUUUGUAAGAAACGAGUUGCGUGUUCGAGAGACGACAGUCCCUCGAAUAGUGUGGACAACAGGGACAAACCUAUCAUCGUAUCGAAGAGAAAUCCUCGCUUGAGAAAAAAGUUUUUGGUGGCUGGACUUUUCUCCGAUUAUUACAAAGAAGAUCCGAAGCCCGAUGGCAAAGGCAAGAACGUGGUGACGCAGACGGAGUACCCGCCGGGGCUGCUGGCGCCUCCGCCGUACUGCGAGCGCUGGGUGCGCCGCCGCCUGCAGCACUUCGCAUUGCCCUACGACAUCUGGUGGCAGCAACACUACAACCAACCGGUGCCUUCCUGGAACUACAAGAAGAUACGUACAAACGUGUACUACGACGUGAAGCCGUCGGCGGAGGAAUGCGAGAGCGUGGCGUGCAGCUGCGCCCCUGCCUCUGGCUGCAACGAGGACUGUAUCAACCGCCUCGUCUACUCCGAGUGUUCGCCGCAGCUCUGCCCUGCCGGUGACAAAUGCAAGAACCAGCGCAUCCAGCGUCACGAGUGGGCGUCGGGGCUGGAGAAGUUCAUGACUGAGAACAAGGGUUGGGGUGUGCGCACCAAGCACCCCAUCACCGCCGGAGACUUCAUACUUGAGUAUGUCGGAGAGGUCGUCUCCGAUAAGGAGUUUAAGGAGCGCAUGGCGACGCGUUACGCUCGCGACACACAUCACUACUGCCUGCACCUGGACGGCGGGCUGGUGAUAGAUGGUCACCGCAUGGGUGGUGAUGGCCGCUUCGUCAACCAUUCCUGCCGUCCCAACUGCGAGAUGCAGAAAUGGACAGCCAAUGGCACAUUCCGGAUGGCGCUGUUCGCGUUGCGAGAUAUUGAGCCGGGAGAAGAGCUCACAUACGACUACAACUUCUCAUUGUUUAAUCCCGCUGUUGGUCAGCCAUGUAAGUGCGAUUCGGAAGAUUGUCGCGGAGUUAUCGGAGGCAAAUCUCAAAGAAUUACCAAGCAGCCUGUGAAGACCCAGUCGCGGACACCUUCCAACGCGUCCAGUCAGUCGCACGGGUCUGGCGGUGCGCAGCGAGUCGGCCGACCCCGCAAGGCUGCCAAGUGCAACAAGAAGCCGGAGCAGACCAGCGUAGCAGCCGCAGACCUCAAGACCAUGACCAUCCUUAAGUACCAGCAGCACCUCAACAGGCUGUGGCAGGAGCCUCAGCUCAAGCCGCUCACCGCCAGGGAGAGGAACCUCGUCAAGGAGAGACAUUGCUUCCUCUUCAGGAACCUUGAGAAUGUGAAACGUACUCGCGAGCGACUAUCUUUGUCGAUGCCACCUUCGCCUCCUGCAGCGCUCCCCGCAGCCCCCGCAGCCCCCGCAGCUCCCACCCCCUCACCUGCCCCCGCGGCCGUCGUUAACGUGAACCCCCUGACGUUGCCUGACACCAUGAACCCCGCCAUAUUCCUGACUCGACUGCAGAUGCUGCGCGCCAACAAAGAGGAGAGCACUAAGGAGUUGCUCCGCUUCGAAGAUGAUCCCGAGUUGGAUCUCAAACAGCGACUCGCGAGGUUCUUUAAGGCGCUGUUCAACUGCAUUUUGGCUGUCAAAGAUGAGUCCGGUAAGCAGUUGUGUGCGCCGUUGUUGAAAUUAAAAUGCGAUCGUAAGACAGAGGGCGCGGCGGAGCUCGGCGCGGUUGAGACUCGCAUACGUACACUGCGUUACGACACCGCAGCGCACUUUGAUAAUGAAAUCACAGCUAUAUUUGCUGCAGUUAUCAGAGAACAUGGCCGGAAUACAGAUAUUGGAGCUGCGGCUGCCCAACUCAGAAAGGUUUACAACUCUGCAAAGUCAGAUUUCGCUGAGCAACUGCAAAAGAUUUUAGGACCGCAAGAACCUUUGCCGGCUGGAUUUGUACAAAAGGGUAAAACUGAGGAAGUGAUCCUGUGCAUCUGUGGGCUGCACGUGGAGGAGGGGCUGAUGGUGCAGUGCGGUGGUGCGGGUUGCGGCGUGUGGCAACACGCGCGCUGUAUGCGCGUCGCUGACACACGCGCCCCGCACUACUGCCACAACUGCUCACAGCGACCGGUGGAUCGUGAAAUACCUCUAGAUGAAUACACGGAGGAUGGGCAUCAGUUCUACUUGUCGCUGAUGCGGGGAGAGCUGCAGGUGCGGCAAGGGGACACGGUGUAUGUGCUGCGGGAUAUACCCAUUGAUGCCCGUAGACCAGAUGUCAGCGCGAAUGUUGACGCGCAUGACGUCACUGACACACAUGACGUGCAUGACACGCAGCGUGUCAAACGUACUGACCGCACCGAGCGCACGGACAGGAAGAAACUCAAGCUGCCCAAAGGAAAGGAUAAGGAGGACACAAACAAUAAGACGAGCGGCGGGCAAGAGGCGGAGGUGCGCAAGCACACAUACCAGACGAUAGGCUCGGUGGCGGUUUCUGAGCUGGACAUAUUCCGUGUUGAACGACUCUGGAAACACAAGGAUACACAAGAGCGCUACGUCUACGGACAUCAUUACCUGCGCCCGCACGAGACCUUCCACGAACCUACUAGAAAAUUUUUCCCGAAUGAAGUAAUGAGAGUGCCGUUGUAUGAGGCGGUUCCAAUCGAGCUGGUCAUGUCACAGUGCUGGGUUAUGGAUCUUAAUACUUACUGCAAGGGUCGUCCGGUGGGGGCGCGCGAGGAGCACGUGUACAUCUGUGAGCUGCGCGUUGACCGCACUGCGCGUCUCUUCACCAAGGUGUCGCGACCCAAGUACCCGCUCUGUACGCGACCAUACGCCUUCGACCACUUCCCGCACCGGCUUAAGAUCACACGUACAUAUGCGCCGCAUGAAGUAUCGCCCGAGUAUUUGAAAGGCAGAGCAGCAAAGAGUGCCGCGCCCGAUAAGUCGAGCAAGGCCGCCGCUGAUAAGAAGAAAACUAUAUCCGUACCUCUCGCCCUUGGAGUUAAGACUCCAUUGAGCGCUGCGACGGCGCAGGAGCGACGAGAGCGACAGAAGGAGCGCGUGAACAGCGUAGCGCGGCGACUGCUUGCGGCGGGGGGCGGGCGCGGCGCACUCGACGCCUCCUACCUUCUAGCACCCGGCCCUGCCCAUCCCGCGGACCCCGCCCCGCCCACACCGUCUACGUCAGACCCCGCCCCCGCCCCGAACUCUGGUGAGGCCGCCCCCGCCCCUGCCCCGCCUGGUGUCCGCCCGCCCCGCGCCGCGCGCCGCCCCCGACGUCUGCCCCCGCGCGCCUCCUGA